UGACCGGGGGCGCGCUGCGGCCGCCCGCGCGGAGCCGGCGAGAGGCGGCGGCGGCGGGAGCAGCGGUGAUGGACGGGUCCGGGGAGCAGCCCAGAGGCGGGGGGCCCACCAGCUCUGAGCAGAUCAUGAAGACAGGGGCCCUUUUGCUUCAGGGUUUCAUCCAGGAUCGAGCAGGGCGAAUGGGGGGGGAGGCACCCGAGCUGGGUCUGGAGCCGACGCCCCAGGAUGCAUCCACCAAGAAGCUGAGCGAGUGUCUCAAGCGCAUCGGGGAUGAACUGGACAGUAACAUGGAGCUGCAGAGGUGUGGCCCCUGGGGACCCGGAAGUCCAGACACUGGUCUCCUCCUUCAGAACGCAGACGUCCAAGCCCCACACAGAAUGAUUGCCGAUGUGGACACAAACUCCCCCCGUGAGGUCUUUUUCCGAGUGGCAGCUGAUAUGUUUUCUGACGGCAACUUCAACUGGGGCCGGGUUGUCGCCCUUUUCUACUUCGCCAGCAAACUGGUGCUAAAGGCCCUGUGCACCAAGGUGCCCGAGCUGAUCAGAACCAUUAUGGGCUGGACAAUGGACUUCCUCCGAGAGCGGCUGCUGGGCUGGAUCCAAGACCAGGGUGGUUGGGACGGCCUUCUCUCCUACUUUGGAACCCCGACGUGGCAAACAGUGACCAUCUUCGUGGCCGGAGUGCUCACCGCCUCGCUCACUAUCUGGAAGAAGAUGGGAUGAGGCCCCCCGCUGCCUUGGACUGUGUUUUUUCUGCAUAAAUUAUGGCAUUUUUCUGGGAGGGGUGGGAUUGGGGGACAUGGGCAUUUUUCUUACUUUUGUAAUUAUUGGGGGUGGGUGGGAAGAGUGGUCUUGAAGGGGGCAAUAAAUCUCCUUCGGGCCACA